AUGUUUUUCGGAUGCAGCCUGCCCCCUUCCUGCGGACGAUUGGCUGGGGGAAGCCAGAGCCGCGCGAUGAUUGGAGGGGCGAAGCCUGGCGGAAGCGGGGCAGGCGGAGGGGCUCCUCGGACCAUGGCGGCCGCGCCGCCGCUACGGGACCGCUUGAGCUUCCUACACAGGCUUCCCAUCCUCUUGAAGGGGACCUCAGACGAUGACAUCCCAUGUCCAGGCUACCUGUUUGAAGAGAUUGCCAAAAUUUCCCAUGAGUCGCUGGGCAGCAGCCAGUGCCUGCUGGAGUACCUGCUGAACCGUCUGGACAGCAGCUCCGGACACGUGAAGCUCAAGGUGCUGAAGAUCUUGCUUUACCUGUGUGGUCAUGGCUCUCCCUCCUUCCUGCUUACCCUCAGACGAAACUCUGCUCUCAUCCAGGAAGCCACAGCCUUCGCAGGCCCCCCCGACCCUCUUCAUGGGAACAGCUUGUACCAGAAGGUUCGAGCUGCUGCCCAGGACCUGGGUAGCACCUUGUUCUCAGACGCUGUGCCACCGCCUCCCUCCCAGCCACCCCAGGCCCUGCCUCCAGCAGGCAUGGGCGCCCAGGCCAGACCUCAUGGUGCUCUCCAGGGCUUUGGCUACACCAAGCAGUGGGGCCGGACAGGUUCUGCAGGCGAAUCCUUCCUCUCUACGAUCCAGAAGGCUGCAGAGGUAGUGGCUAAUGCUGUGCGUCCUGGGCCUGAGAAUGCCAGUGCCCAGGGACUCUUGCCACGUGGUGACACCUACCAGCCUGCGGUGACGCCUCCAUCGAGCCACACACUCCCCAACCCUGGGAAUCUAGUCCUCGGGGCCCGAGCUGUGAGACACCAGCCGGGGCAGGCUGGAGGAGGCUGGGACGAGCUGGACAGUGGUCCUAGUUCCCAGAAUUCCUCCUGCACCAGCAACCUGAGCAGGGCCUCGGACUCGGGCAGUCGGUCUGGCAGCGACAGCCACUCUGGAGCCAGCCGUGAGCCAGGCGACCCGACAGAAAGGGCUGAGGCCAUGGCCCCAAAUGACUGCCAGCAAGAGCUGAGCCUAGUGAGAACCGUAACACAGGGGUCACGCGUCUUCCUGAGCCGGGAGGAGACCCAGCACUUCAUCAAAGAGUGUGGGCUGCUCAACUGUGAGGCUGUGCUGGAGCUGCUCCUCCAGCAGCUGGUCGGGACCAGUGAGUGCGAGCAGAUGAGGGCACUGUGUGCCAUUGCCUCCUUUGGGGCUGCCGACCUCCUGCCUCAGGAACACGUCCUCCUCCUCUGCCGGCAACAGCUGCAGGAACUUGGUGCAGGCAACCCUGGACCUGUGACCAACAAAGCUACCAAGAUCCUAAGACACUUUGAAGCCUCCUGUGGACAGCAGCUCCCUGCCCUAAGGCCCUGUGCCCCGCCCAGCCCUGCAGCUGACCUUGUGGGCCCAGCCGAUCUGCUGACCAGCCCUGUGCCACCCCCUGGGAACCAGGUCUUCCUCCAGCCUCUUAGCCCCACCACAGCAGCGCCCAGGAAUCCUGUGCCUGCUCCAUCGCCAGACACCGUUCCCCCUGCUCUGGAGGACGCCAGUGAGGUCACAACCCACCCAGUAUGUUCCAGUGAACAGGGGACAGACCUUGAGCAGAGCCCGGAGAACACAGACAUCCCUGAGGACAGCUCCAGUCCGUGCCUGUGGAGCCCCAACUCUUUGUUUGAGGGGAUGGAGCUGGUGGCUGGCCCCCACCUGCCCUGCCCGAGCUCGCAGGGUCUCCAGCCAGGCUCUCAGAAGGCGACUGCAGAGACUUCAGUUGCAGGGCCAUCAGCUUUUGCGUUUUUAAACAUGUGACUCUCUGGGCCCAGCUGUUCAGAGUCCCCUGGUCCUCAUAUUGAGGCCCUCAGGACCUCAUGGCCUCCAAGGAGAGGUCCUCGUGUGUCUUCUGGCCCCCUCUGGGCUCUCUUUCACCUAGGAAGCUGUGGUAAGGCAGUCUCUGAGCCAGCGGAGCCCCAUGUGGGCCUCCAGUGGUCAGACGAGUCACAGAAAAUGUUAGGUCUCUUAGUGGUGAACAGCCAAGGAGGGAGUAUGGACAAGAGGGUCAGCGGUGUCCCAGAAGAUGUCUGCACACCCAUCGCUUCUUGGGAAGUCGACUCUGCCCAUGCCCCCAAGAUUGGUUCCCUCUUCCUCCUGGCAAGAGCCACAUGAACCAUUUUGGAGGUCUGUCUGCCCAUGGCUGGGGGCCACUGCAGAGGCUUCCUGCUUCAUGAAGUAGAUCUACAGGGCAAUGCUUCCCAGGGCUGUUGGCCACGGCUCCUCCACCUCCACCCCAUGCUGCUCCAACUCUAGGGCACUGAACACAGAGGCCAAACACACACACACUGUCUCCCUCUGUCUUUCUCUCUCUCUGUCUCUCUUUCUCUCUCUCUCUGUCUCUGUCUCUCUCUUUCUGUCUCUCUGUCUGUCUCUGUCUCUCUUUCUCUCUCUCUCUU